AUGAGAUCCAGCAGGAGAAGUUUCCUGCUACGCCGGUCUAAUGUCUACAUGUGAGUGACUUAUCUAUUAGUGACAAUACAUCUGUGUUUGGAGCUGGAGAUCGUUUGGGGCUGGAGAUGACUAAGGUUAAGUAUGUCCCCUUUUCAUCAAGCCCUUUCCCCUCUCAUUCAUCCUUCUCUCCCGACAGUGUGGAAACAGAGACCCAGUGUGCGGCGCCUCCCAGGGCCCACUCAGACGGCCCCUACAGCCAGACCACAGCGUACCUGCGUGGCACAGAGCGCUACAGUGACAGCAGCCGUGGUCCUGGUCCUCCAGGCCCUCGGGGGCCUCCGUGUGUGGCCCCUCCCAGCUCGGCUAGCCUUGCCUGGGCACUGCGAACACGCAAUCAGCCUGCCAGCCUGGCCCUCCGCAAGCAGGAGGAAGAGGAGAACAAGAGGUGCAAGGCCAGUCUCUCUGACAGCUAUGAGCUCUCCACAGACCUACAGGACAAGAAGGUACCCUGGGGUGUGGGGGUGUUUUAUUUUGUUCACCUUUAUUUAACAUCUGACAACGGAUGCUUAAAGUUAGUGAGGGAGAUAAGAGUCUCCAGCUUCAGAGAUUUUUGCAGUUCGUUCCAGUCAUUGGCAACAGAGAACUGGAAGGAAUGGCGGCCAAAGGAGGUGUUGGCUUUGGGGAUGACCAGUGAGAUAUACCUGCUGGAACGCAGACUACGGGUGGGUGUUGCUAUGGUGACCAGUGAGCUAAAAUAAGGCGGGGAUUUGCCUAGCAGUGAUUUAAACCAGUGGGUUUGGCGACAAAUAUGUAGUGAGGGCCAGCCAACAAGAGCGUACAGGUCACAAUGGUGAGUAGUAUAUGGGGCUUUGGUGACAAAACGGAUGGCACUGUGAUAGACUACAUCCAAUUUUCUGAGUAGAGUGUUGGAGGCUAUUUUGUAAAUGACAUCGCCGAAGUCAAGGAUCGGUAGGAUAGUCAGUUUUACGAGGGCAUGUUUGGCAGCAUGAGUGAAGGAGGCUUUGUUGCGAAAUAGGAAGCAGAUUCUAGAUCUAACUUUUGAUUGGAGAUGCUUAAUGUGAGUCUGGAAGGAGAGUUUACAGUCUCACCAGACACCUCGGUAUUUGUAGUUGUCCACAUACUCUAGGUCAGACCCGCCGAGAGUAGUGAUUCUAGUCGGGUGGGCGGGUGCAAGCAGCGUUCGGUUGAAGAGCAUGCAUUUAGUUUUACUAGUGUUUAAGAGCAGUUGGAGGCUACGGAAGGAGUGUUGUGUGGCGUUGAAGCUCAUUUGGAGGUUUGUUAACAGUGUCAAAUGAAGGGCCAGAUGUAUACAAAAUGGUGUCGUCCGUAUAGAGGUGGAGCGACAUCAUUGAUAUACACAGAGAAUAGAGUCGGCCCGAGAAUUGAACCCUGUGGCACCCCCAUAGAGACUGCCAGAGGUCCAGACAACAGGCCCUCCGAUUUGACACAUUGAACUCUAUCUGAGAAGUAGUUGGUGAACCAGGCGAGGCAGUCAUUUGAGAAAGCAAGGCUAUUUAGUCUGCCAAUAAGAAUGCAGUGGUUGACAGAGUCGAAAGCCUUGGCCAGGUCGAUGAAGACGGCUGCGCAGCACUGUCUUUUAUCGAUCCCGGUUAUAAUAUCGUUUAGGACCUUGAGCGUGGCUGAGGUGCACCCAUGACCAGCUCGGAAACCGGAUUGCAUAGCGGAGAAGGUAUGGUGGGAUUCGAAAUGGUCGGUGAUCUGUUUGUUAACUUGGCUUUCAAAUACUUUCGAAAGGCAGGGCAGGAUGGAUAUAGGUCUGUAACAGUUUGGAUCUAGAGUGUCACCCCCUUUGAAGAGGGGGAUGACCGCGGCAGCUUUCCAAUCUCUGGGGAUCUCAGACGUUACGAAAGAGAGGUUGAACAGGCUAGUAAUAGGGGUUGCGACAAUUUCGGCUGCUAAUGUUAGAAAGAAAGGGUCCAGAUUGUCUAGCCCAGCUGAUUUGUAGGGGUCCAGAUUUUUCAGCUCUUUCAGAACAUCAGCUGUCUGAAUUUGUGUGAAGGAGAAGCGGGGGGCAGGCAUGGGCAAGUUGCAGCGGAGGGUGCAGAGCUGGUGUGUAUACAGAAUGUGUCUGUACAGUAUGGUUUGAACUCUAGUUUGUUUGUGUUGUGUUGAGAGAGAGAGAGAGAGAGACAACAACGUGAUAACAUGCAUUACUUUACUGGCAGUGAGUGUUGUGGUAGCCCUGUCUAUAACUCUUCUGUCCCCUGUCCUGUCUCCUCUGCCAGGUGGAGAUGUUGGAGAGGAAGUAUGGUGGCUCCUUCGUGAGCCGCAGAGCAGCCCGGACCAUCCAGACAGCCUUCCGCCAGUACCGCAUGAACAAGAACUUUGAGCGCCUCCGCAGCUCGGCGUCCGAGAGCCGCAUGACGCGACGCAUCAUCCUGUCCAACAUGCGGCUGCAGUACUCGUUUGACGACCGCCAGCCGCAGCAGCAGGGGGCCGGAACACAGACGAACUUCACACACAGCGUGGGCAUCGGCCCUCCUCAUUCACCUGACACAGAAAGGACAGGAGACUACACACACCUGGAGGACUCCUUCACCAAACAGGUUGGUCAGACAUCUGGUGCAUUCACUACAGCAGUGAUAUGUUGAAUCAAGUGACUAGUUAAAUUAAUUCUCAGUUAGAGAUUCUAUUCCUGUUUGAGUCUUUGUUUUGUCAUACUGCAGGUUGAAUAUCUGUCCCUUACUGUACCAAGCUUUUCUAUCCUCUCCCUCCAUGUGCCAUUCAGGUGAAGUCCCUGGCUGACUCCAUGGACACUGCCCUGACCUGCCGUGGCGGGCGGGAUGACUCCCAGGAGGGCAGCAGGGAGGACUUUGGGGAGUGUGUGUGGAGCAGCAGCAGUAACCCCUCCUCUCAGAGAGGCCUGUGUGAGAGAGCCAGAGGAGGGGGAGGGGGCCUCAGCAUGCAUGGAGACAGCACAGCCACCUCCUACAGCGAUGUCACUCUAUACAUGGACGACUGCAUGCCCUCCUCACCCCUCUCCCUGGACCGGGCCCCCAGCAGCACAGACACCGAGUACUGGGGCCCUGGGGGAGGCGUGGGGGGCCGUGAGGACAGCAGGGACACUGAGGGAGGGGGUAGUAGUAAUAGCCGUCGCAGCACUCCCUGCACUGAGUGUCGAGACUAUCGUCUGAGGGGCGCCCACCUGCCCCUGCUCACCAUCGAGCCCCCCAGCGACAGCUCUGUGGACAUGAGCGACCGCUCGGAGCGUGGCUCCCUCAGCAGACAGAUCUAUGAGCAGGAGCCAGCGGGAGGAGCAGGCUCUCCUCAGGGAACACUCAAACACUCACCUAACACUCCCUGCCCUGUCUCCACAGCCGCAGCGCAGGGCCAGACCCGCGCCCCCGGCCGGGGCCCCCCCCUGCCCACUCAAAUCCCCCACCACGUGGCACACCACCAUCACCACCACCAGUACCCAGACACCCCCUCGUCCUCCUCCUCCCCCCAACAGCCCCCCACCACCCCCCUGUCCUCCUCCUCCUCUGCUGCGCUGCCUCCUGGUGGCCUAGAGCAGCCCUGUCUGUCUGACGGGGACAACGACUCUCUCAACUCCACCACCAACUCCAACGAAACAGUCAACUGCAGCUCUGGCUCCUCGUCUCAGGACAGCCUGAGGGAGCCCCUACCCCCUCUGGGCAAGCAGACCUACCAGAGAGAGAGUAGACACAGCUGGGACUCACCGCCAUUCAACAACGACGUGGUGCAAAGACGCCAGUACCGCAUCGGACUCAACCUAUUCAACAAGUAAAACUUUUGCAAUCCAUUUAUAUUUUACAUUUAAACUACGUAAAACACUCCACAUAUCACAAUCAACCACAUAUCACAAUCAUUGAAUGUAAAACCUUCAAAAUAGGAAAAGUAGUAAGUCAGGAUAUAGUGUCACCGGGAAGGAAGUGGGAGUUGUUCUCUUGUGAUUUUUCAUUGUCUGAUUGGUCUCUGUGAUUCUCAGGAAGCCAGAAAAAGGGAUCCAGUACCUGAUCGAGAGAGGCUUUGUGUCCGACACUCCGGUCGGGAUUGCUCGCUUCAUCCUGGAGAGGAAGGGCCUGAGCAGACAGAUGAUCGGAGAAUUCCUCGGCAACCGGCAGAAACAGUUCAACAAGGACGUACUGGAGUAAGGGAAUGAGGGAGGGAGAUGGGGAGAGGGGGAGGAUUCCGAAUGGGAAUAUACAGUAAACAGAGGAUUACUAAAAGUAAUUGGAGAGGCUACUGUUACAGUAAUGACUGUGUCUCCUGUGUGUGUUGUAGCUGUGUGGUGGACGAGAUGGACUUCUCAGGGAUGGACCUGGACGAUGCUCUGAGGAAGUUCCAGGCUCAGAUUAGAGUUCAAGGAGAAGCCCAGAAAGUAGAGAGGCUCAUAGAGGCUUUCAGGUGUGUGUAUACUGUAUGUGUUCAAUAGUCUCGCUUUGCCAAACUCAUGUGUCUAUUCUGUUAGAUUCAGUGGCUGUGGAAAUAGAUUGAAUGUAGAGUGAGAAUGUGUUGUUUUUGGAAAUCCCUCUGAAAUCUACUCUACUAGCAUUUCGCUACACUCGCAAUAACAUCUGCUAACCAUGUGUACUGUAUGUGACCAAUAAAUUUGAUUUUGAUUUGAUUUUGAACCUACUCUCUCUUUAAAGUACUUUAAACAUAUUCUCCUUUCUCCCCCAGUCAGCGGUACUGUGUGUGUAACCCGACGCUGAUCCGCCAGUUCCAGAACCCAGACACCAUUUUCAUCCUGGCUUUCGCCAUCAUCCUCCUCAACACGGAUAUGUACAGCCCCAACGUCAAGGCGGAGAGGAAGAUGAAGAUAGAGGACUUCAUCAAGAACCUCAGAGGUGCCGUUGGAACAAACAGAUCCAUACACAUGUGCACAAAAAAUACUCCCGUAACAUUGAACUUAGGGUCCUCAUGGGAGAAAUAAGAUUCUCAGGCUGGCCCCCAUUCUAUAACAUAGCAGUGUACUGUGAUCAGUGUUGACUAUUGCCACUGCGCUUGUCUCAUCCUUUUGGGUUGUAUGAGUUCAGGGGCAUGCCCUUUGAAGUUAAAAGGGAGCCUGCUACAUCCCAGACACUCAUAAUGCAAGUCUUGAGUCUUUCAAUCAAAGAGUUCUUUCAAUCAAAUGAGCAGAAUUUUUAAAAACACCAGGAAAUAGACUGAUGUAGGCUAAUUUAACACAUAACAUAAUCUCUCUUUCCCUGUGUGUCUCCCAGGAGUGGACAACGGCCAAGACAUUCCCAGGGACCUGUUGGUUGGGAUCUACCAGCGGAUCCAGAAGUGGGAGCUAAGGACCAACGAUGACCACGUGUCCCAAGUGCAGGCAGUGGAGAGAGUCAUAGUAGGCAAAAAGCCUGUGAGUUGUCUGGGCUUGAAAUGUAACUGUAGCCCUGUGUCAUGUACCUGUUUAGCCUGUGAACAUCUGUAGUACUAUAUGUUGUUGCUAUGUGUUACUGCAUUGACAAGCUAUAAUACUAGUUUGUUCUUUGUGUUUCUGCUCAGUCUUAGGGAGAUGUAAUACUAAACUAUUUUUUUAUUUGUGUUUUGUGUAGGUGAUGUCUCUGCCACACCGUAGGCUGGUAUGCUGCUGUCAGCUCUAUGAGGUGCCUGACCCCAACCGACCUCAGAGAACAGGAGUUCACCAACGGGAGGUCUUCCUGUUCAACGACCUGCUGGUGGUAAGGCUUCCUAACACAUCCUCAUAACAAUGGGAACUCCUAUGAGAGUCUCCUACUAAUGCAUAUGGAGAGUUGGAGACCAUCAGGCUAUCCUAAACAAUGUAGAAAUAUAUAUUUUUUUUCCUCUUUUCCCCUACCUUUACAACCACAUAUUCUCCACGUGCAUUCUCAGGUGACUAAGAUUUUCCAGAAGAAGAAGACUUCUGUGACGUACAGUUUCAGACAGUCCUUCCCUCUGGUGGAGAUGCAAGUCCACAUGUUCCAGAACUCCUGUGAGAGCCUGUUUCCUCCUCUGCCUCUUCCUCAUAUUCAACACUCUGUGUGUGUCUCUAUGUGUCUAUGUCUGUCAACAUAGAUCAUAAAGUUAACAGCCAUAUGAUAAAUGUUAUGUUUUUAUAUUCCUUUCUUCCUCUGUCCCUCUCUGUCACCCAGACUACCCCCACGGUAUUCGUCUGACCUCGGCAGUGUUGGGUGGAGAGAGGAAGGUCCUUAUCGUGUUCAUGGCACCCAGUCAGCAGGACCGCACCCGCUUUGUCAGUGACCUUAGAGAGAGUAUCGCUGAGGUGCAGGAGAUGGAGAAGUACAGAGUGGAGUGUGAGUACACCUCCCCCUGUUGGUCACUAUGGGGAUUACGGCUGUGUGUGGGUGUAUUGGUGGGUGGCUCCAUGGUGUAACAGAGUGGCUAUUGCUUUCCUGUAUCUUACCCUGUCCACCUGUAAGUGAAAAACAGGAAGAAAGACAGGGAUGUGGGAAUAUUGAUAUUAACUAUUUCUAUUGUCAAUCUUCUUCUCUCUGUCUUUCUCUCGAUCUCUCCUUCUCUCCGUAGCUGAGUUGGAGAAGCAGAAAGGCGUGAUGCGGACUGGCCUGCUAACCGGCUUGGUCGGAGGUGGAGUGGGUGUGAAGGGUGAGGUGGCGAACGGCACCCUGGGAAGGCCCAGUCUAGAUGACAACUACUCUGCAGGAGAGGGACUCAAACGCUCCGCGCUCAGCUCAUCUCUCCGAGACCUAUCAGAUGGAGGUAAAACAUGCACACACACACUCACACACACUCACACACACACACACACACACACACACACACACACACACACACAUAUAUAUACAAUACAUACAAACCACUUCCUCUUGGAAAUUGUGUAUUAUGCUAAUCAAAUACUCUCAGUAAUCCUGCCGAUUAAUAGAGAUAUGCUUAUUGCUCUUUUUAAUGACUGACUGUGUUCUUUAUAAGGAUUCACAGAAAUUCUUCAGACACUAAUGUCUAGACACUGAGAGUAGAGUGUACCCUGCCCAUGGGACUGCUUGAGAUUCUUCCUUUGCUUCUUCUGGUCUCAUCUUGUUCUAUUAUCUCUGGCACAUGAAAGAACACUAGCUUCUGCAAGCCAUAUCUCUCACCUCUCUGCAAGCUCACUCAGCAACAUUCUGUUACUGUAUUUCCUCUCUUUCAUAACCUGCCUCUUCCUGGCUGGGUGCAGGGAAACGUGGUCGCAGUAACAGUGUUGGCUCCCUCGACAGUACCAUGGAAGUAAGUCUGAAUGGACAAACUGAAUGGUGUACCUGCCCCUUUAAUACGUAUACCUCAAACAUAGCCAUCCCAGUAUAUCCCUUUAAUUGAGCCAUAAACGUGUAGUCUUUCCCCUCGUCCUCGUCCUUGACCCUGACCCCUGACCCCUUACUCAGCAUGCUCUGUGUGUUUGUGUGUUUGACUUGUGUGACUGACGUGGGUGACUGUCGUGUGCGACUGUUGUGUGUGACUGACAUGCAUGCGCGUGUUGUGGAAUGAGCUUUGCAUGCCUCUGUGCUCUCACAACACCCUGUGCAUGAUCUUGUUCUCAACUCUUGUUCUUCUCCAUUCUUGCAUAUUCAAAAGUUGUUUUUUCAUUGGUUUGUUGUUGGUUUGCAGGUGUUGUGGUGUUUGUAAACUGACACACUCAUUGCAGUGUUCCAGUGAUUUGUCCAAGGAUUAAUGAUAGGAUGUCAUGCAUGAAUUACUUCCUUUCCAGAACUCCUCCUCAACUCUCCUUCCUCUUCCUCUUUGUCUUCCUCAGGGUUCCAUCAUUAGCAGCCCCCGGCCACACCAGCGUUACCCGGUUCCGGGCGUGGUCCCAGGCUGCUACCCUACAGAAGACUACCGGCCGCAUCGCCCCAUCCUGAGCCCCGGAACGGGGGUGGGGGGUGGGCCGGGGCAACAACACACCGCUGCUGGGACGGGAGUUGGGGGGAUUCCCAGCAGUGUAGAGAGAGCGGGGGUGGGGAGCGGCCCUGGGGGGGGCAAUACGGGCUCCUUCCUAGGCUCUCUAUUCGGCAGCAAACGUGCCAAACCGCCAAGUCCCCUUAUACCACCGGGGCCACCCUACCCCGCCCCUGUCCCCCCACCCACUACGGGAGGGCCCCCUCCUCACUCCCCUUCAUCUCUGUGCCAGUCGGAGGGGGGCCCUUCCAAGAUCCAGGCCCUGCAUGCGCAGUACUGCCACACGGCCGCCGUGCAGCCCCCUCCCCCCUACUACCAUCACCAUCGCUACCACGUCCAAGCUGGCCCUCCUCCCUUGCCAGGCGGGGGCGUGCCCCCUCAUAUCCUUCAGAGAGGGCCGUUCCCCUGUCGCCCUCCUAUUGGCCCCCCUCACGCCCAGCUCCAGCAGCUGGCCCAUCUCUCCCAGCUUUCCCAGCAUGGCAUGCAGGGUCGCUACGGCAACAUGGCGGUGGGCUGUCCUCCCCCCCUUUCUCCUCACUCCCAACAUUCCCAGAACCCCCAGUUCACCCUGUACCACACGCCGCCCACACACUCUAUCAGGGCGGGCGCCAUGCCAGGCAAACCUCCUCUGACUUUGUCUCACUCCCACCCGCACCCCCACGCACACUCCCACACCCACCCAGGGCACCCGCUCAGUGCUACGCCGCACCCCGCCCCCCACCCACAUCAGUCUCGCUUCAUCUUUGGCACGCUACCCCACCAACAUCAGCAUCAGCAGCCGUCCGCCUCCGUCAACACCCAUCACGCUGCGUCCGCCGCCCAGUAUCAGCCCCAGUACCCUCCUCUCUCUUCUAUCCCCCCUCCCCCCCCCCCACUCCCCUUUACCCCCCCCUUCUACCCCCCUUAUCCCCCUUAUGCCUCUCUGCCCUCACCCCCUCCAGCACCCCGGGCAGCCUCAGCAGGGGCCCCAAGUGACGGGGGCUGGGGCGACUGGCACAGGGGGCAGCUCCAAAUCCAAACCUAUCAACCGGAUCAGCACGGUGGUGUGAGCAGCAGAACGUGGGGCCACAGAGGGCAGAGGUCAGAGGGCAGGAUGGAGGAAGGGGGCGGGGCUAGGGCCAGGGAUAGAGCCAGGGCUGGUAGAGGUGAGCAGGACAGCAGCAGCAGUAACAACAGCGCCAGUGACAAGAAGAAACGCAACUUAUUUCGCCUCUGCUACUUUCACCUUCGCUUCCCACACAUGUAG